AUGGCUGUUAUAAUUGGUAAUUCAGAAACUGAAUAUAAAAUGAAUGUCAAAGGCGAUGCUAAAAAUGUUAAUAUAAAUAUUGGCGAUUCAGCUAUAAAGCCAGUAUCUGAUACACCUGUUCAAACGGUGAUGAAAACUGUUGGCAAAACGGCAAGCAAAGUUAUCGAAAGUGGCGGGGACAUCAUAACUGCACCAGCAGCCUGGCUCAAAGACAUGCAACAGAAUUGGUGGAUCUACAUGGUUGCCGCUGCUAUCAUAUUAUCAAGUAUUGUAUUUUUAUACUGUGUGGUACGUUCCUAUUUUGCUCGCAAGCAACACUUGCCAAUGAGCAAUAUUGUCGAACUUGCAGCAGAAAUUGGCAAGAAACAUGCAGCAUCAAAACAACAACUGGUAUUACCAACAUCCAUUUUACCACGAGCUAAACCACACUUAUUUCAAAAUUCAACAGUUUAA